AUGCAAACAAUCAAUCGAUUAUAUCAAUUGGAUCAUCAAUGUGCUCCUUGGCGAGAAUUUCGUUAUAAAAUAAAAUGUGAAAGUAAAGUUCAUUACCGAAUUCGUCGAUGUGGCUUUAGCAAAUAUCAACAGUUCGAAGAUAAAAAUGGCAAUGUAAUCUAUAACAUUGGUGUAACAAAAAUUAUUUCAGCAUUUAAUGAAGAAAUUCGGGUUGCUAUCCAAGCUGAUGGAAAAACAAUUGAAACAACGAAUGGUAGUUAUCUGCUUACUGAUAUAAAUAUGAAUGACAGAAGUUAUGUUUUGAAAAAGAAUGCUAAAGUGAUACUACAAGUUAAGAAAGACGAUAGCCGUAUGCACGAUCGGCAUACUAUUGAAAUGCAAGAAAUUAAUGAAGAAGAGCCAGAACUUCUAUUUGCUCUUGUUAUACUUAUUGAUUCGUUUAUGAACGCAAUACACAGUCCUAUGAUUUACCCAAGUCUAACUUGUUGUUACGCUCCUAAUUAUCCAUUUAUAUUCAGUAGUAUACCUACACUCGAAAGUCGUAUUCUUGUUUAA